CUGACAUUGUUGGAUUGUGGACUUACCCAUCCAUUGCUCUGCAGACCGUGCAGAAAGAACUCGACUGGAUGGUGACCGAUUACGAGCAAAAAUGGGGUCCGGUAGAUCGACGUGAUUUCGACGGUGAAUUUGUAGUUCCACCAGAAAUUCGAAACCGAACCAAUUCUCUGAACACCCGGUCCCUGCGCCUGCACGGGGGGCUGCUCAAUAUUUCCCGUUCCCGUACCUUCCUCACAUUACCGGUUGCUAACGGACGUAACAGUAUACACAGUUCGGUGCCAGAUUUGAGUCGCUCCGUACCCAAUACACCCAAUUCUGCACAUAAACUUUCCAUUGCUUCUUCCUACGAUUCAGUGCUAGAAGAGAACGAAAAUGAGAAUCGUCCUGUUCCAGGAGAGAAUCAAUCCGCUAUUAAAUAUCUUUUCACCGAUGACGGAAUUCAUACGCGUAGAAAAUCUGAAGAUUUGUUGUCAGGUAGAAGGACAAAAAAUACACACAAAAAUGAUCCAUAUAGAUAUCAGCACGAUAAUGGUAGCAGGACCCGCCAUGUUCCGAGUAUGAUACCGCUACAAAGUCAUUACCGUCAAUGUUCCGAGCCAAAUAAUCGCAUCGUUCCAAUCCGUGUCAAUCAGCAUUUAGGUGGAACUAUGCCGCGAGUCGGUUUUGGAUGGGGAAACAGUCGCCUUGGUACUACUAACUUUCCAUCAGAAGCCAGUGUAAAUAAACUCACAACGUUCAGUUCCGCUAGUGGUGGACUACCUUUACAAUCAGUAGUUCAGCAUCAAAACGGCGACAGAGCAGUGUAUCGUGAUGGAAAACCUUCAUCGGCACUCAAACUUUCUCCAUCAACGCCACUUCUAUUUUCUCCGAGUACAGACUCGGGCAGAAAAGAUUCUAUUGCAUAGAUUUGUAAGCUUUCCAUCGGAAACAACGUCCCUGUAGUGUUAGGUAGUCAAGCAAAGAAUAACUUUAAUUAGGAAUUAUUUAGGAAAAUUCCCAUUCAAGUUGAACUCAAUCUAGGCUCUGAAACUGUGUAUACGUGUUCUUCAACUUUCAAUGAUCGUCCCACUAGUGAAAUACUUUUCGAAUAAUCAAAAGCUGCAACAUGUUACAACAAUAGAACUACUGCACAUCUCUGCACUGUUUCCUAUACACUAUGUUAAACUUAUAUACGCUAUUCUAACACAACAAGAGAAUACACAGUGGUAACAAAUGUAUAUUAGCUAUGCGAACAAAUCGAAUCAUCGCAUAUGAUACUAAAACACUAAUCCAGAUAACCUAACCGUGUGAUCCAAACUACUAAUAGCUGAAUAAAGGAAAUACAGAUUUUCCUUGUCAAAAUGAGAAACAUCAAAAUGGGUUGUUUGUUGACAUAAUCGCUAUUGUAUCAUCAAUCAAGCUUUUUGCACGAAUAAAUACGAAACGGAAUUGAAUAAAAGAUGUGCAGAAGCUGAAACUGGGUGAUAGCAAAAUACACUCGGUGGUCCGUUCGAUGGAGCAGA